AGAAGUCCACAUUACAUGUAUUUUACUAAACAUAACAGACUCAUUGGCACAUGAAGUUUUAUUAAGAUCAGUAUUUGGUUAAAUGAAUGAAUGGAUCUACCGAAGUUUUAUUAAGAUCAGUAUUUGGUUAAAUGAAUGAAUGGAUCUAUUUCAGUUUUUUGCUUUUUAUGCUUUUCACAGUUGUUAAGACCAUCUACUCAUGGCGAACGCUAGGCUGUGCGGCAGUAGUUUACGUUAUCGUUUUCACCAUUGACGUCACUAUUGGUGGAACUUUUAUCGUCUGGAAAUGCCAUUUCCGUUAUGAUGCCGACGAGUGUCGACUUGCCGGCGGAGGGACGCUGGGUAGCGUGCUGAUAUGGUACACGGUGCUGUUCAUUCUCCCAAAGUGUGUGACGAAGAUUGACAGAGACGACAUCCGGAACGCGUGCAGACGCUGCGUGCACAAGGUGCGACCCCCGGUGUCGCGAGAGAUUCAACGAGAACAUCCGGUCUGAGAAUGCGGGGACAAUCUGCAUCCAGUGUUCAGACAUGCCCUCAAUUCUGUUCGUAAACUGACAUUCCCUCCAUUUUGGUCGUCGCCUCAAAAGGCGUUAGUAAUUGGGUUUAGUGAGAGGUACAGAAGCACAUAUGGUCAUCGCAAAGUACAGAAGCAUUAAUUGGUCACCGCAAGGUACAGAGGCACAUAUGGUCAUCGCAAAGAACAGAAGGACAUAUCGCCCCCUUAUGAAAAAAGGUACCACGUGACAUUGAAAUUAGAAGGUACGGUACAUUUUUACUCCAAUGGGGCGAUAUAGUCAUGGCAAGGUACAGAAUCACAUGUAGUCAUGGCAAGGUACAGAAGCACAUAUGGUGAUCGCAAGGUACAGAAGCAUAUAUAGUCAUCGCAAGGUAUCGAAGCACAUAUGGUCAUCGCUAUGUGCAAAAGCACAGAUAAUCAUCGUAAGGUACAGAAGCACAUAUGGUCAUCGCAAAGUACAGAAGCAUAUAUAGUCAUCGCAAGGUACAGAAGCAGGGUACAGAAGCAUAUAUGGUCAUCGCUGGGUACAGAAGCAUAUAUGGUCAUCGCUGGGUACAGAAGCACAUACGUAUUGCCCCUAGAAUACGUGAUUAAACACCACAUGAUACGGAAGUCACUAUGUUCCAAAGGCGCCUUUGGGUCUUUAAUUGCUUGUGAUAAAGAAGCUCGGUUUAACGUAUUUUGCACAAGACAAGUUCGUAAGUUGCGGAGAAUGGUACGUUUGACGUGAACGUUGUGAAGCCAGUACGUAACCAGUAGUAGACGGAUCCGUUUCGAACAGUCUGUUUAAAAUAAGGUACUGAAUUAUGCGUUUGCAGGGAAAUCGCGUUCUUCCGUUGGAAUCGCAAAUCACGGAGUUGGUAGAUUGUGUCUGGAAGUAUCCGAAUUACUGAUAUUGUAGGAAAGAUCGACGACCUAGGUAAAUGUUUGUCCGAUCGUAAUAUAUCGACUACCGGUAUUUCCGGAAUACUCUGUAAGAUAUCUUUUUAAUCGGCGAAUAGGUUAGAUUUGAGCCGAAAAAGGUCUUCUGCGCAUACCGGAAGUCACUGAUCGAUGACGGAAUAAAAUGAAGUCAUUGCCCGGACAUGAACCAUUAAAUAGCAUGAUUUGUCAGAACUGACGCCAUCUUUUCAUUGAAACAUGGUAACAUGGGACCGAAAACAGGGUCUGUUUUACGAGAAAUCUUGAGAUACUGUCAACCUAUGAGUGAAUAUUGCAAUAUUAAAAAAUGAUCGACGUGGGUCUGGAGUGUAAUGUAUGUGAAAGAGAUUGAUGAGAGAAUAAAAAGUGCUCGAAAAUGUUAUCUCAGAAGUUGUUAUAUGUGCAUUAACGCUGAAUUGCAAUAGAUUGUGACGUCACAAUCAUGAUAAAUGACAAUGGUCGAUGUUAACGGGACUUGUUGACGGAUUUCUUUUGGUAUACUUCGGUGUAUAUUAGUAUACAAUUUACAUAUUGAAACAUGUACUAAAUUUGCCAUCUAUCAACCAGAAAAAAAGGAAAUAACAACUUUGUCUCCUACUUUAGUAUAGCUCCAGUACAUGGUAAACCCAAUUUCUACAGUUGUCUAAACUGCACCUAUUGCAACUUAAAAAUUGUUAUACACUUCUGUUGUAACAGUCAUACCUCCAUGACAUCUCAAAGGUCACGAAUUGCUUUAAUUGUCGUAGCAGCCUUGAUCUAUUAACAUAGGGGAUAAUCAAGCGACAAACAAGAGGGCGACGUCAAUACCGAAACAGUUCUGUUUCGUCGUUUUAUACCCUUUUUACUUGUAUGACUUGUUUAAUUGCCGCUCACUUUCCAGCCAUCUCAGCAAGACAGUGAUGAGUGUUUAAGUCGUAUAGGUCAUAAUAUACUAAAUAGUUUCCCUAUAUAAUUCAAUGUAAAAGCGACAACUUUAAGCGAAACUAAAUGCAACAUUUUGCGCAUAGAGACCCCCAUAACCAUACAUUUUCGUGCAGGCCUUUCAAAGCAGAAUCGAUUUAUGCAAUAAAAAAGAUAUGUCAUGCACAAACCAAGAAAUAAUUUGACACAAAUCAAAAUCGACUGUUUUUGAAAAUUUUUGUCCGGCGGUUUUCUAGAGGAAUGUAACCUUUUCUGUGCAAUGUUUUACUAUAGUCUCUAAGUUUAUAAUAUUUCAGGGAUUUAGUAGUGAACACCUAUUCAUGCUCUACCACUAUCUCCAAAAGAUAUAACCUAGCCAAUAGUUUAAAGUGUAAAAUAUGCCUUCGUGUCAACUAUGCUAUUUGAAAUUUGCAUCUUGAUUUUUUUCAUUUG